AACAUUGGCCGGUAUAAGUUAUGAAUACAUGAAAAAGUUAGUUUGACAAAAAAAUAUUAUUAGAUUAUCAGCAUGUCACAAACUUUUAACAGCUAAAACAUUUCUAUCACAAAUAACAACUGAAAAUCAUAUAAACUAGAUUUUGAUCUGCGUUUUGAAAACACAUAACUAUUUUUUGUUUGACGAAAUUUUUGAAUGAAAAUUAUAAUUUCAUAUAUUAUUAUAUAUUUUUGAAGUUAUAAAAUUUAUUUUAUUUGUUUUUAAAUUGCGGUACACUAUAUAGUAUUUUAAUUAAAUAAUUGAAAUUUAGUAUGAGAAAAAAAUAAAACUGUAGUAUUAAUUUUGUUAUAACUGUCUAUUUUAGUUUUCAAUCUUAAACUUACGAAUAAAUGGUGAAAAUUUAUUUUGUUAUGUAUAAUAUAUUUACCGUUUGUUCUUGUGAAAAAUAUUUAUGAUACAUAUUGCAAAGCUUUAGUUAUAUUUUUAGGUUCUAACCCAUUUUAUGACGUGAUAUUUAAAAAAUUAUAAUAUUUUAUCUUUGCUAAAUAUAUUCCAAAGUUAGUAUGUAUUUUAUUAAUUUAUAUUUAAAAUAUUAUGAAAUAAAAUGCGAUAUUAUAUUUUAAACCCUUUUCGUAUCGGUACAUUUUUAUAAUGAUUUUAUAAAAGAAGUAAUAUUUUUGUUCAAUCCAUUUGUACUUGAUCAAUAUUUUAAACAUGUAAUUAUAUGGCUUUGAUAAAUAUGGUAUCGUUGGGUGCAUCCUAUUUUUUACUUUAAUUUUAUUUUGAAAAUUUUUUUAUGUCUGAAUUUACUGAAAAUAUUUACAUACAAUUUUAUAAAUCUUUCAUAAAAGUUGCACAAUAACGUUCAUCCCUUACAUAAAAAGAGUGCUUGUUCAUCCAACAUAUACAUUUUUGUUGACAAUGGCACACUUGUAAAUUUAUGAAUAAAUUGUGAAAAUUUAUUUUGUUAUGUAUAAUAUAUUAGUUAUUUACCGUUUGUGCUUGUGAAAAAUAUUUGGAAUAUCUAUUGCAAACCUUUAUUUAUAUUUUUAUGACGUGAGAUUGAAAAAUCAAACAUAAUAACAUAUAAAAUCUACUUUGAAACACUAAUAAAAACAACUUUUAAAUUAUUUGUUUUCUAAUAAAAAUUCUAACUUCAAUCAAAUUUUAUCAAAGCUGUAAAAAAUGUCCAAAAUCUAGUAAGCAUUAAAUUAAAUGAUAACACAAUAUGAGAGUUUAGUAGACUUUAACUUAGUUUGAGUUUUGGUUAGUUGUCAUGCAUUAAGAAAGACGUUGACAGUUAUUUUUUAAAAAUAUUUUAGUCGAUAGACUUAUUACGUACCAUCUAAACCUAAUUACGAUGGUAUUAGAUACAAUUCAAUAAAACAUGGUUAUUUUUGUAUUUGUAAUGUCUAUGGCUAAUGGUCACUCCGUCUAUGGAUUCCAUCAUGUGCGCAACGGAUUGAUUGUGUAUUGUUUUUUUUUGCUAAAUUGUAAAUAUCAUUAUUUGAAUGAAGGUUUGGUUACAACAAUGUCGAACCAGAUUAUGCUUAUAAAGCCAGUCUGUUCUUAAGGGCCGCAAAAAAGUUAAAAAACCCAUAAGAAACCGAGAUUAAACCUAAGACAAACCGGUAAUGGAAAGCCUUAAACUUAAUAGGAAAGAGACCAAAUGACAACAUAUUGCUCCCUACACAAACCCCUUUUCGAUCACCAUAGAGGGACCAAAAGAAAAGCCAAAGAGGAUCGCUUGGACGAACACACACCAGGAGGUGGCUCAAGUGGCUUCAACGGAGGCGGCUGGCAACGGCUCCGGGGCACCACAGGAGGAGGACGCCGAACAAACAGACCCACAGCUCACGCGGCAGAGAAGCUCAUGACUAAACCCGAUGGACCGCCACUGAAGGUGGAGAGCAAACACCGGUCAAGCGCAGGCGGUACAAAUUGGCUCCUAAACCGGCCGCGCGACCAUAAGAUGCAGCAGAGUCACAUCAAGAAACCUUAGAGCUUUCACCGGAGGGAUGCAAGAAGGGAAAUGAAGCACAUAGAGAGUUUGUUGAAUAACUCUACAGCAGCAGGCGUGAGAGAUGGAGAAACGAUGGUUCCACACUUCUAACAAGGACACCGUCACAGCGGGUCGUCCUCAAAACCCUAGGUUCUGACAUCAACAGCGAGAAGGGGAGGAACCCACGCAAUGCCUUAACACGCCAUAGCAGUUGUCAAUCGGACUAGGAACAGAGGUCCUCAGUGGCGAGCCUCAACACCACCUUUCACUCAGAGCAAACUGAGAAGAGAAGCUCUAAACUAACCUUGAAGCAAGCAGGGGAGGAGAAGACCGGAGCGAAACGAGAGGCUAAGACAGCAGCGGCAGCAACGCGUCAAACUAUCCUGGCAAGUUUCGGAUCUCAGAUCUGACCAGAUCCAAGCGCAGUCGACGCCUCCCAUGUCGAUUUCAAAGCCCGAGAGAGACCUUCGUUUCAUCGCACCUCGCCAGAUCUCCAGAGAAGCCACAGACCCCAUGGUUUCCGUUAGAUCUUGAAAAGAAAUCCAGAGCAAUCCAGCAAAGAGGAGAGACAAAUCGAAGACCGCAAAAGGAUGAGGCGAAACGCGAACUCGAAAUCCCACGGUGACCGGAGACAGAGUCUCGCCGGCCACCGCAAGAGAGAUGAGACAGUGUCGGUGGUUCUUAGGUUAGUGGUGGUGGUGGGGAGAGACUCUAGAGAGAAGAAAUAUCUCUCUCUCUCUCUUGAAAUCUUAAAUGUUAUAUUGUUUUCGAGAAUUUUGAAAAGAUGUCUAUUGGCAUACGGUCACUGCAUGAUUAUUUUCCGUAUCAAUUCAUUUUUUUUCCUAAAUAGAUCACCGUAUACCAAAAAUCCAGAUGUUAUUCAAGAUAUAGUAUUAGGUUUAUUUACAAAACAAAAAGUAGUCAGAAUUUGCCGAAAAAAUUGGAUCAAGCAAUGCGGCAGAGCAAUCAAAUGAAAUAGGGACAAAAUAUGAUCACACCAAAGCAUUGAGAAUCCUACCGAAAGCACACAGCCUACACUCAAAAAUAAAUCAUAUUAGUGAUUCAAAAGUACGUAAAUAAGAGAAAUGGCAAACACAGAGCCAGCGACGGUUACCAACAAGCAAAUCAUAUUCUCAGGUUAUGUGAGUGGAUUCCCGAAGGAAUCCGAUCUAAAAGUCACCACAACCACCAUCGAUCUAAGGAUUCCAGAGAGAUCCACAUCAGUUCUGGUGAAGAAUCUUUACUUGUCUUGCGAUCCUUACAUGCGCAUUAGCAUGGGAAAGCCUGAGCCGUUGAGUUCUUCGCUCGUCCCACCGUUCAAUACCGGCGAGCCAAUCAUUGGCCUUGGAGUAUCUAAAGUGAUAGAUUCAGGACAUCCAGAUUACAAAAAAGGAGACUUACUCUGGGGAGUAGUUGGAUGGGAGGAGUACAGUGUUAUUACUCUAUUUCCUUACUCACAUUUUAAGAUCCAUCACACAGAUGUUCCAUUAUCUUACUACACUGGACUUCUUGGCAUGCCUGGUAUGACUGCUUAUGCUGGAUUUUACGAAAUUUGUUCACCUAAGAGAGGAGAGACCGUCUUCGUGUCAGCUGCAUCCGGUGCAGUUGGUCAGCUUGUUGGACAAUUUGCAAAGCUGAUGGGUUGUUAUGUGGUUGGAAGUGCCGGUAGUAAAGAAAAAGUUGAUCUUCUCAAGACAAAGUUUGGAUUUGACGACGCUUUCAAUUACAAGGAGGAGAAUGACCUUAACAUAGCCCUAAAGAGGUAUUUCCCGGAAGGGAUCGACAUAUAUUUCGAAAACGUGGGAGGCAAAAUGUUGGAUGCAGUGCUGAUAAACAUGAAGUUGAAUGGUCGUAUCGCAGUUUGUGGAAUGAUCUCACAGUAUAAUUUAGUGGAUCCAGAAGGUGUACACAAUCUAACCACGAUCCUUUACAAGAGGAUAAAGGUUCAAGGCUUUGCUGUCUCUGAUUUCUACGACAAAUACUCAAAGUUUUUGGAUUUUGUGCUUCCUUACAUAAGACAAGGGAAGAUAACGUAUGUCGAAGACAUAACUGAAGGACUCGAGAGUGGACCUUCUGCUUUGUUAGGACUCUUCCACGGUAAAAACGUUGGUAAACAACUCUUUGUGGUUGCUCGUGAGUGAGACCACUAGCGCCACUAGAGUUUAGUCCUUUGGUGACUUGUGACCAUUUAUUUUUAGUUAUUUCUUUUGUACGGACUAACCAAUUUGAUAACCAGCAAAAACACUGCUCUUAGUCAAAAACAGUUUUUUUUUUCGAAACUUGAAAUCUGGAUUUUUUGUAUUCUGCAAUAAAUUAUAAAUUGCAUAGUCUGAAUGUAGAAGCUUUUAAAACUUAAUCAUUAGGCUACAGUUUCCACGGUUAAACACAGUUACGCAACCAACUUUAAUUAAAUCUCACGGGAAACAAAACAAACAAAAGAGAGAGAAAAGUGUCGACGCCCUCGACGUCCGGUGGCGCGUCCGCGCGCGUACCGGCGUCGGUGGCUCAUCUUUUUCCGUUCAAGUCAGGGAUUUCCGCUGUGGUUUUCGAUCUACCGAUUCCCCCGACAUGCCGACGGCUCUGGGCUAGGGUAUCGCGCCAAGAAGGGAUCGGUUCGUACGGUUCUCCAGACGGCGGCGAUGCUGUUUUCUCUGGAGUCGGGGUGAGGGGUGAAGAACGGUUAAUCGAAGCGGCAGACGGCUCGUGAGUUCAGUUUUAGUUCCCGGAGAGUAGAGGCUCUCUCAGCUCUACCACCGCCGGCCUUUGUUUCUGGGAGACGGUGGCUCUGUUAGCACCGUCAUCGCCGGCUCCUGCUUCCGGAAGGCGGUAGCUCAGUUAGUAUCGCUCUUCUCGGCUUUGGUUUUUUCUUUUCGUUUCUGUCUUUCUAGUUUUUUCCCUGGUCUUUCUUUCUCGGUGUAGUCUGAUACUCAAAGCUUCAUAGUUCUUCCGCCUCUUGAUCUCUCACCUGAAACGACUCGGAAUGUCGGGGGUGGUUGGUCAAUGGUAGACGGUUCUUAUGAGACUGCGCAGAUCGUGUUUGAUGAGUGUUUGGUCCUGUCGGCAUGGGAUACGGAUGAGAUCGCGAUGGAAUGAUGCUCUCCGAUGAAUGACCCCAUGCGACAUGGCGUUAGCGCGGUGGUGAGUUGGGGUUAGGGCUGCGUCGCCGUCGUUCGGUGAGGCGCAGUAAUUAGGGCUCCCUACCCUAGGGUUUGGGUGUGGGCUAAGGCCCAGGUUGUUGGGGCUGAGGGCCUUUCUUUUUGGUUUUAGUUGGCCCGGUUCGUUUUGGGCCUGUUUGUAGUUCGGUUCUGCUUGGGCCUUGCCCCUUUUUU